CCUGGGGGAACGAAGUGGGAGAAAAUAACAAUAGCGGCGCAUCCCUGGCAAGGAGGCAGCCCAGAACUCCGCAGUGCCCUCCGCCCGCUACUUCUGUCCUCUGACCCCGAAAGGAUGUGCGCGGUGGAACACAUGGCGAUCUCGACGAGCUCGCUCCCUCCCCCGCCCCGCGUGCCCCGCCCCACGCUGCCAGUUCAGUCUCCGGCCGCCGGCCCGCGCGCGCCCUCCGUGGAAGACCGGAAAAAGGCCAUUCCCGCGCGCGCGCCUGCCCGAGGACCGCCGAAAAGGCCCGCGGAAGGGUGCGGCGGGCGGCAGCGCCGCGGGGAUCCCGCAGCUCGCACUCCCCAGCCGCCCGCCAGCUUCCCUCGCCCUGGGCCCGCUCCAGAGAAGAAAGAACCUUUGCAAGGGCUGCCGCGCUGCCACUCACCAAAGGAAACAGAAGGCCGAUCGGAGACCAGGAGAACGGGGCUGAGGCUGGCUGAAGCCACGGACGCACAACCCGGGACGGCAGCACCCGGAACGACACGAAAGGGCUCGCCACCCACUCGGAAGCAGCCGCGGGCACCUCAGAAAGAAAAAGCGCAGCGCGCGCCGGCGGCCAUCACUCUAGCGAGCACCCCGCCGGCCCCUAUUUAUAGCCCGCUCCGCACCCCACGUGACCUGCCGAGCCUCGCGCCCGCCCGAAGUCCCACCUCCGACGUGACGCAGCCACAGGCUGGUCGGGCGCGCCCGGCCGGGUGAGCUAAACUGCUGCUCUGAUUGGUCCGGAUGCCGUCUAGGCUCCGCCCCCAGAGGGGAGCUGGUCCACGUGGGACUGACCGGCACCCUCCCUGCAGCCUCGCCCGAGUGAUCUUGUCUGUGCUGGCCACGCCGGGUGGGAGCGGGCGGGGACGGUGGGGGAUUCUGGCCCGGGCUCGCAAGUCGCCGCGCUGAGACUCAGAGGCCGCAACCAAGGUCGUUCCGAGUUUCUCCCACGCGGGCCCGGGUCAGCUGUGUGGCGACGCUGAAGCGCUUGUGUGCUGGGACCUGCCCUUGGCCGGACCCGAGCGGCUCCUCGCCCUCACGUGGCCGCCUCGCUCCCGCAGUCAUGGGUGAAAAUGGAAAGAUUCAGGAGUCACGAGGACAGGCUUGCGUUCCCAGUUGUGGCACUGCGCUGAGGGAGAGCCGUGGGUCGGUAGUGACUCUGCGGCGGACCUGCGGUGUCAGAGCCCCGGCUGUGGCGCAGCGGGGAGGGAUGUCGCGGCGGACUCGAAUUCUGACUCUUAAUUGCUGCAGUGUGUCACCUUGAACAAACCCUAGGUCUCUCAGACCGAGUGCUCAAGAAUGUGAAAUACUAGCAAUGUGAGAGGAGACCGGUGGACGGGUUAGGAUUGUGUAAAACACAGCAAAGAUGCGUUUCCUGUCUGCUCAUCGGGGCUUGUGGCGACAGGCAGUACUAAUUCAGGUAUUCUGGUUACAAGUUCUUACCCAGGAAGAGCCUUAUGAGCUAAGAUACAAGCAUGUGACUGGAAUUCAUAGGUCUUAAGGAAAUGUUCAUUUCCUCGUUACUUUUUCCUGAAUGUGCCUGUUUUAGAACGUAGGGAAAGGUGAGGGAGGAUGUCCUUUUGCAUCCUGAAAGUUUUCCCAUCCUUUUGAAAUAAACGUUGCUUCCUGGC